GAGAGAUGGUGGAUAUUAUUGGCUCCUGGCAAGGGAACACCAGUGUUAUAUCUAACAGGAGAAACAAGUAAAAACAGGCUUCAGUUAGGCAGGCUUGAGCCCUUUAUUGCAGAAUGGAUUCAAUCAUUUCUGUCGCUGGAUCCUACAUUGACUGGGAUGUCAAAAGUCUGCUGCUCUUCACUGCAAUUUUCAUCCUCACGGCAGAUUAUAUUAGGAGCCGUCGGCCCCACAGCUUCCCUCCAGGACCUCGGGCAUUUCCUAUUGUGGGCAACAUAUUCACUGUGGAUUACAACAGGGCCCAUGAGAGUAUGACACAGUUAGCAGGGAAAUAUGGAGACGUAUACAGCCUGCGAAUGGGCCAAGAAUGGAUGGUGGUGUUAAACGGCUUUGAGGCUGUGAAAGAAGCUCUGGUUAAUCAGGGAGACAGCGUGGUGGACCGUCCAUACCUCCCUCUGCAGUGGGACGUGGGUCUAGGUAUAGUGUUCAGCAGUGGGAGCACAUGGACACAGCAGAGGCGUUAUGCACUUUCAACCCUCAAAUAUUUUGGAUUAGGCAAGAAGUCACUUGAACCUGUCAUCUUGGAUGAAUUUACAUAUUGUGCAAAAGACCUUAUCGGCUAUAAAGGUAAACCAUUUGAUCCCCAACACAUCAUCAACAACGCUGUCUCCAACAUCAUCUGCUCCCUGGUUUUUGGUCAUCGCUUUGAGUACGGUGAUGAGAAGUUUGUGAAUCUGAUUAAGUGGUUUGGCAAAGCUCUCCAGCUUCAAGCCUCCAUCUGGGCACAGCUUCACAACUCAUUCCCUCUGCUGAUGAGACGUUUGCCAGGGCCACAUCAGACAGUCCUGCACAUCUGGAACAAUGUGAAGGACUUCAUAAGAGUACAGAUUAAGGAGCACAGACAGAACUGGGAUCCCUCAGACCAAAAAGACUUCAUUGACUGCUACCUGAAUGAGAUUGAAAUGAAUAAGGGGCAGGCUGACAGCACUUUUGAUGAGACAAUCCUGGUUCAUUGUCUCUUGGACUUGUUUGUGGCUGGCUCUGAGACCACAGCCACCACCCUGCGCUGGGCUUUCCUCUACAUGGCAAAGUACCCUGAGAUCCAGGCAAAGGUCCAGGCUGAGAUAGACAGAGUGAUUGGACAGUCCAGACAGCCGUCCAUGGAGGAUCGUGUAAACCUGCCCUACACUGAUGCUGUACUCCAUGAGGUCCAGAGGAUGGGCAACAUAGUUCCUCUCAGCCUGCCUCAUGCUACCAACAGGGACAUCCAGCUGGGAGGAUACACAAUCCCAAAGGGAGUUAUAAUAAUCCCCAAUCUGACCUCGGUGCUGUUUGACAAGAAAGAGUGGAAGACGCCCAACACCUUCAACCCAGGACACUUUCUGAACGAGGAGGGCAAGUUUGUGAAGCGAGCUGCUUUCAUCCCUUUCUCUGCUGGUAAGCGGGUGUGUCUCGGAGAGAACCUAGCUAGGAUGGAGCUUUUCCUGUUCUUCACCUCCUUCAUGCAGCACUUCACCUUCUCCAUGCCUGCUGGGGUGAAGCCUGCGAUGGACUAUUGCUUUGGCAUGACUCUGGCACCAUGUCCAUAUGAAAUUUGCGCAAUCUCACGCUAAGAGUAGCUCUGACAUGACAAAUACUCACUUUGACAGCGUCAAGUGAAUAUAUCAAACUGAUAUCUGCCUUCAAUUAUAGAUCACACUGAUUUUAAGGCAAAUUAAGCUUAGUCUGGCUCAAUUGUUUAAUUUUUUUUUUAAAUAAUUUCUCAUUUUUUCAAAGUUGACAUGAGUCAUGUUGUCUCUCCUUGUUGAUUUCUGUUUUCUGUGAUAUACUUCAAAAAUGCAAUUGAUGUUGCAAUUUGGAUUUCUACCACUCGUCUAAGGGCAUGUUGAGGUCAAUAUCUUAAGAAACAUAACUUUUUAUUUUAUAUCAUCUAUAAGACUCAUAAAAGGUAUACUAUGCAGGGUACUAACGAACAGUGUAUAGACUUAUACAUAGUCUGGGCAUCUGAGAAGUUAAAUUUCUCUUUGUUGGAACUGCUAACAACUCAUUGACAUCUGAAAUGGUGUCUCAACUAGUCACUGCUUUUUGCAAGCAGCCAAAAGCCCAAAACAUUGGUAGCUAUUGAUUGAAUCUAAACCGCUUUAUAUUUCAUAGGCUUAUAUCUUAAUGUGUAAACCAACUACUAUUAGAAUAAACCAUUCAACAGUAUGUCGGAGAAGAUUCUCAGUCAUCCAGGUCAUGGUAAUCUUAAGUGCUAAUAUCGUAGGCAACUGGACUUGCUUGCGUUUCUUGAAGACCUUUCACCUCUCAUCCAAGAAGCGUAUUCAGUUCUAAAUGACUGGUACGAAGUUGCAGGCUAUAAACCCUGUGUGGGUGAGAAUCCUUGCAGUCGUAGGGGUCAUGUGAGCUCUUAGUUUCAGAGUCGUUAAGGUCACAAUGUGAGUCGUUGACCCACCUGGCCACCAUGUGAGUCGCAUGCAACUUCGUACCAGUCAUUUAGAACUGAAAGAGGUUCUUGGAUGAGAGGCGAAACGUUUUCAAGAAAUGCAAGCAAGUCCAGUUGUCUACAAUAUUAGCACUUACAAACAUUCAAUAGUAUCUUAAACAACUACAACUGAUAAAUGAUAUUUGCAGUUUAAUGCAACAAUAAUAACAAUCCUACAAUAAAAUACACUAACACCCACAA